AUGUUCAUUGACAGCUCAUUAUUUCCUGAAAUACCCAAGCCCCUUCUCAUUGGACCCUUGGGGGCAGCCGCCACUCCGAGAAAACAUCACACCAGCUGCAAGUCAAUGAAUACAACAGCUAUCAUGCGCCGAAAGGCUAGGGGAAUGCUGAUCCUGUGCGGACACCCGGAAGUGAAUAUUUUCCCGGUUCUCCGAGAAAGUUGUUCCGAAGUUUGGUCGAAAUGGGACAUUGGCGAUCCGACGGCCGGCUCAUGCAUUUCUUUGCCAAUGCCCUUACAAUGCGAUGAUAUUCGGGGUUGGAAGACUGAAAUUAUGGCCGAUACUCGGUUGUUGAUGGGAGGGCCACUCCAGGGAACACAGAAUUCAGUAAAGAUGACAGUUGAUACGAACAAAAUUCUGGCCAAUUGGUCGACCUUCUCGGCCACGGUGUUGGAGAGUUUGGCUCAAAUUAGUCCAGCACAAAUGCUUAUUGCAACAUUGGUUCUCAUUCCCGUCUACUUCGUCGUCGGGCUCUUGUACAAUGCGUACUUUCAUCCUCUAGUCAAAUUCCCUGGUCCGCUCUAUGCCCGCUGUUCGGACAUUCCAUACAUGGCAGUGCAUACAAAGGGGGAAAUGCUUCCAUGGCUCAGCUCUCUUCACGCCAAGUACGGUGAUGUUGUACGAAUUGGGGCCUCCAGACUUAGCAUCAUCAACGGCCAGGCUUGGAAGGACAUCUACGCCCACAAGACGGGAGGCAAGAAAAACUUCCCCAAAGAUCCGCGUGUGUACGGAACCGACCCCAACGGCCACCGCAAUCUGAUCACGACAUUGCCAGACUCCGACCACAGCCGCCUCCGAAGAGUCUUCUCGCCAGCGUUUUCGGAAAGAAGCCUCAAGGCUCAGGCACCACUGAUUUUGUCGUACGUAGAUCAGCUCAUGGGAAACAUCCGCCGUGGCAUCCAGACAGACUCAGACGCCAAGUUCGACAUGCUGGCGUUUGGAGAAUCGCUUGGCCUUCUCGCCGACUCAGAAUACUCAGAAUGGGUCGCCAACAUUUUCGACAAUCUCAAGAACGGCGCCUUCGCCCAAGUUGGUCGGGAGUGGUCAUGGCUGGGCAACAUUGUGAAGUUGAUCACACCACCGAGACUCAAGCAGGCUGCCGACAUGCACUUCAGGCAUUCCAUUGAACGAGUCGAUCGCAGGCUUGAAAGGGACACCGAUAAGGCCGAUAUCUGGAAAUUGGUCCUCAGCCAGCCCGAGGGAAAACAGAUUGACAAGUUUGACAUGUAUAACAACGCGUCUGUCUUCAUGGUCGCUGGAUCCGAGACCACGGCAACCAUUCUCAGUGGCGUCACAUACUUGCUCCUCCGGAACCCCGACAAGCUGGCUCGUCUUGUGAGCGAAAUACGCGGAGUAGACUCUGAAGAAGAUUUGGACAUUCAGAGACUUUCUGCGUUGCCAUACAUGACGGCCGUUCUCAAUGAGGCACUGCGUUGGUACCCCCCAGUUCCUGUUGGAGUCUGGAGGGAAGUCCCCGAGGGUGGUAGCGCUACUCGCGUCUCCGUCCCGCAGUUCCCUGCGAACCAUUCGCCGCGCAACUUCAAGGAUCCUGAAGCAUUCAUCCCUGAGCGGUGGAUUCCCGGGCCAGAGUAUGAGCCAAACACGAAAGAGGUUGUCCAGCCAUUCUCUAUCGGCCCUCGGAACUGCAUUGGAAUCAAUCUUGCUUGGCACGAAAUGAGACUCAUCCUGGCCAAAACGCUUUGGAACUUUGACCUCAGCCUUUGCCAAGAGAGUGAGAAUUGGUCGGAUCAAAAGUCUUACAUUCUAUGGGAAAAACACCCGCUCAUGGUGACCAUCAAUUGGAGUUGCCAGCCAUACGACGUGAUGCUAGUACAUGUUGGAAACGGAUCAUGGGGGCGGAGCAACUCGACUACGUCAUUCUCUUCCUCUUCAGGACACCAAUCCAACAUCAACUGGAACCGUCGUGCGCCGACCAUCGGCAUUCUUAUGGCUAUUCAAGAUAAACCACAAGCAUCAACGGCGCCGGCUACGAUCAAAGUCGGCGACCGAGCUGGCUGGUUGGAAGCGUUGAGGUCUCAACGGCCCGUCCUCGUACACCUCAAUGCCGAUACCACAUGGCUCAUUCAACUGCCUUAUCCUCCAUCGUCGGUCCCGCCUGCUGGUCGAAAGCAUUUUAAUGUUCUCAUCGACCCGUGGCUGCAAGGUCCGCAGUCCGACGUCGCGUCAUGGUUCUCCACACAGUGGCAUGUCGUCGAACCUAGCCUGAAAACUAUGGACCAACUCAAUUCAAUUCUUGCAGGCUUUGAAGACGGCUCCGAAACCCCAAAGGUCACUGACAGAUCAUAUAUCGACGUCGUGGCUAUUUCGCAUGAGUUCACCGAUCACUGUCACCAAGCGACUCUAGAAGAACUUCCAAAAUCAACGCCAGUGUUUGCUACUGAUAAAGCUGCUGACCUCAUCCGCUCAUGGAGUCACUUUUCUUCCGUCACCACUACCCCUGGAUUCUCCUCCGAAACAAAAGAUUGGAAGUCUGAUCUUAGCAUUUCCGGCCUCCCGCCAUGGGUCGGAAUUGGGCGCGUCAUCACGGAAGGAAACGCCCUGUAUUAUCAUUCGGCCAUUAUGAUUGCCUUUGACUCGGAAACACCGGAGACAAUAUUAUACUCUCCUCACGGUAUACAAGCAACAGAUCUAGAAUGCAUUCGCAAGUCCGGCUUCUCAACACUCGCUUUACUUCAUGGCCUUCACGACGUCCGCAUCUGGAUGACGAAACAGUUAAACUUGGGAGCUCUGAAUGGUAUCCAAGCUGUGGCUGAGACUGGAGCUCGGUAUUGGGUUGCGACACACGAUGAGGCAAAGGAGGGCGGUGGGCUCAUCGCACCACUGCUUAUGCGUACGCAAUAUACUCUUAAACAGGCUGUCGAGGCUGAAGAGGCAAGGAUGAAUGGCAAAGUUCCAGAAUACGAUUUCGUUGAGCUUGGCUCAGGGGAUGGACUGGUUUUGCACGGCACAAUGCGACCACAUAUGGGAGACCAGCAUAAGUUACAUGUGACGGUGAAGUAUCUUGGUAUGCCCAUGUCUCAUGCCAGAGACAGAUGGGUUGUUGAGAGACCUCCCGCGUGUCGGCAGACGAGCAACCUCGUCCAGACUUCCCGGGUUGAAAGGAUUGGCGAAGAGGGCAUGCGGGAGUACAUUCUACGCUAUUUCGACGAUGGUGCGUGGUUGAGUUCUAAGUGGAUGGGCGACAUAAUGGAUAUGAUGCCAGCCAACGUCUUUGGGAAAUUCUUCCUCGUCACGUCCGCCGAUCAAAAAGUUGUCCCGACUAGGAAUGGUGUCACUUACAUGAACCAGGAAGCUUUCGAAAGCAAAGCGGCGCGCAUGUGGUAUGAUAAUAACUGCAUCGGACUUGGCUACGCCGAGAUUGGUGUUGAUAGCAAACUUAAGCAUUACACCAUCAGCGAUAGUGAAGCCGAAGACAUGAAGCACUGGAUCCGUGACUCCCGCGCCGCACUGAUCAAUGACUAG